AUGGCAGAGACAGAGUUCGAAGACUACUUAUUAUACACGGAAUCCCUUGCGUUUGACGCAGACCUGUCUACCCCUCCUGGUGGAGUCAACUCGGAUCUACAUUGUACAGCAAAUAGCACCAACAAUACCACCGGUAACACCAACACGAUCAUGAAGUCACCAUUUGGAACAGACUUGACCAUCCCCAGACGCUCACCAGCUCGGAUAUUCGAUAAGUGGAAACUACCUUCUCAAAGAUUUAUGAAUGCUGUUUCAAAUACCAAGACCAAGGCCUUAGCAUCUACAAGCAGUCAGAAAACGCUAAAUAUCAAUGAGGAGAAUAGUCGGGUUCCAGAUUCACCUCAGUCGUUUGCAGAAUCAGCCAGCUCGUUUGAGAUGGAAGACGAUGAUAUCGACACCGAAUCUGUAUUUUCCGACGCAGGAACCAAAAAGAUUGUUGGGUUUGAUCCAGUGAUUGGUAAGGAUGAUGAUGAUGAUGACGACGAGUUAGAAGAGCUUUUGGAUUGUCUUGAUGGUAUUCAAAUUUGCAAAAUUGACGACGUUGUUACAAUCAAGCACACCAGCGGUACGGGGCUAGCUCGGAUAGCGAUAGUUACACCAUCCACGGUGGAUUCAGUGGUCUGCGCCUCUUGA